AUGUCCUUGGGUCUGUUCAUAUUGUUUUAUUCUUUCGUUUUCACUGAUGGAGCACACUUCAAUGGAGGAACUAUUAUAUGGGCUCCCAUUGAUCCUUAUGAUAAUUCCACUCCAGUUGAUAUUAUCGUUACACAGUCUUAUUCAUGGGCAUAUCCAACUAUGACAUGUGCCAACAAUGUACCGAUCUCAACUCCUGGACGCGGUGGUACAAAUAUUAAUCUGACUUGUGCUGCUGAAUGUUCAACUGAUGGUGGCUAUUCUAGUGCACCCAUUGAUAUUCUCACCGAUUGUACAUCAGCUAGUUCAUCAUUGAAAAUGAUGAAAAGUGAACGAUCGAAAAACGUUACACUCUCUGCUGAUGCACAUUUUUAUCUAUCUUUUACGGGAUCUGCGUGGGCACCGUUAAAUGACCCCCCUCAAUCAAAUCUUGCUUGGUCUAUUGUAACAUAUAUUGAUCUUCGAAAGCGACCAGAUGGUUUCAUUAAUACUCCACCUGUUGCCAGAUUUGUUUCUCCACAAUAUGCUGUUGUCAACACAGAAACACAAAUUAAUAUUCCUGUUUCGGAUGCCAAUUCCGGUGAUGAUGUACGUUGUCGAUGGUCGACAUAUACAGCUGGAUCCGGCAGACGAAAGCGAUCAGACGAAAAAAGACAUGCAAAUAACCACUACAUUUCUCACAAAUACAAGGAAGAAAUUGAUGACAAAGAAACGAUGGAUAUCAGGAAAAAAAGACAGGCUUGUUCCAGUGGAUGUACGCUUAAUAUGAGCUGCACUAAUUCUGCAUGCAUAGGGACCAUGUGCCAGAAUGCGAAAUGUCAAAGCGCGUGUUGUGACUAUGAAACGACAGCAACAUCAACAACGACUACAACAACUACAAUGACUACAACAACUGCAACGACUACAACAACUACAACGACUACAACAACUGCAACGACUACAACGACUACAACAACUACAACGACUACAACAACUGCAACGACUACAACAACUACAACAACUGCAACAACUGCAACGACUACAACAACUGCAACAACUACAACGACUACAACGACUACAACAACUGCAACGACUACAACAACUACAACGACUACAACAACUGCAACGACUACAACAACUACAACGACUACAACAAGUACAGCAACUACAACGACUACAACUACAAUUGACGGUCAAGGAAUACUACUAUCGACUUCAUCGUAUUCAAUUCGUUCGCCGAUUGAUGAAUGUGGUGGUAUUUGUUAUUCAAGCAUCGUCCCUGCUAAUACAACUCUGUCGAACUGCACUAUUACACUCACAGGUCAUAAAGCUGGCGUAUGGUAUGCAGUUGCUGUUCAGGUAAGCAGAUUGUUAUUUAUAAAUCACUAA